GAAACUCUCAACUCAGAAGAUCAUCUCAACCGUCGCGCUACGACAAGGUUACGAAAAAUCAGCAGACUUCCAAAGCGAGCAAGCAAACGAACUUUUGUCUCUGUCUCCUGCCAAGUAGCAUCAUCACGCAUUUGCCAAGUCUGAGUCUAACGGCUCUCUCGGCUUUAGUCCCAUCAUGGCUCUCGAAACAGUGACUCUCGAACAUCUGCCUGCCUCGCACAAGGUCUACGUCGCCCUGUUCCGUGGUGUCAAGAAUGCGGCCUUUUUGCAUCAGCAGCUCCUCGCCCGGAACCCCGAGUUUGAGUACGCCUUUAUUGAUGCCUCAGUGGUUGUUUCGAGACUUCAGUUGUUGUCUGCCGUAUUCAAGGCUACGUCGACGGCUGUGAAUGGCGCUCUCAGGACGCCAAACGUUCACUCCGAGAUCGUGUGCACAAUGAGCUCCUCUAAUAACAUUGCUGAUGCCUACCGUCGCUAUGGUAUCUCUCCAUCAACCCAGGACCUCGUCGUUGUCAAGGUCACGUUUCCCGGAGAGGACGGUGCUGAGCCCUUGACCCAAGACCAAAUCUGGGAACAUCUCAAGACUAAUGUCGAGGGAGAGGCUGUGUCCAUCACUGAUGAGCAAAUAUCCAUCGCUACUGACGUACCCAAAGUACGCAAGUACUACAAGUUGAAUGGACUCAAGUGGCUAGACGAUAUCCAGGAUGAAAAGGUCAAACAGAAGGAGAUGGAGUCGCUUGUCAUAGGCGCCAUGGCUCUACGGGGUGUUUGAGUCACGAAAGGACGAAUCUAAAAGCUUCAUCACAAAAA